AUGGUUUCGCAGGCAGAGCCGACCAAUUCGCUGACUGCUCGAGGUCCUUCGUCGGUCGUUUCAAGAGCGAGUACUUCGAGACACCAUCGCCGUCACGGUCGAAGUCAUACCGGAAGUUCUUCAUACAUACCGCAGAAUGAUUUUCCAAUCUUCACGCAUACCGGGGAUGUGGAGAUUGUUAUAAAAGCUGGCGCGAAAACGAAUCGAUACUUAUUACACCGACUUAUCCUAACGAAUUGUUCGGGGUUUUUUGAGACAAGCACAAGCCAAGAAUGGUCGAGAGCUACUGAGCUUGGAGGGACGGGUGGAGGGGAAUUAGCUAGGAUAGGUGAAGAAUCGGGCAGUGAUGUGGGAAGAAAUGAUGGUGUUCCAAAAAGAAGAUGGAGGUAUGAAUUGGAUAGGAAUACCGACGAUAUACCAAUGCUCGUUCAAAGGUCGGAAACCUCACUGUCCCCCUUCGGCGCAAACGAUAGUCGACCACCACCCCCCGUACGAAAUAAGCCUCCUUCAUCCAAUCCUUCAUUCUUCCGCUCUGUCGCAAACUUAUCCAUCUCCUCGCAUUCAACUCCAGCGCCUCCGCAAAUAACACAAGAAGAUCAAGAUCUGCUCAACGACUACGAUAAUCUAUUUCGAAUCUUUUACAAUCACUCUCCGCUUCUCGAUUCUAUCGAUAUCGCUACCGCAUACAUACAAUGCAAAUCACUCCUCACACUUGCCGAUCUCUACGAUGCUUUGGCAGUUGUUGGACCGCGUAUCGAUCAUCAUCUCCUACAAUUUCAAGGUCGUCUUUGGAAACAAAUCGCUAAAUAUCCUUCCUCGUAUCUCAAACUCGGCUUUCUCUCACAAUCGAAAACGAUAUUUGGAGAAGCUCUUAUACAUGUUGUAGGCGCUUGGCCAGCAGGAGAAAGACAUAUUAGGAAUCAAUUACCCGAUCAAGUGUUGGAGAUCAUAGAGGACAAAGUAGAGGAUUUAAGGGAUAUGGUUGGGAGUGUUGAAGGGCAAUUAUUUCGAUUAACUUUAUUGACUUCAAGAGGAGAGAGAGUUAAUCCGGGUAAUGCUUAUGCGGAUUGGCUGGUGGUUAGCUUGUUUAGACAAUGGCUUGCAGAAAAUACAUCGCCGCCUCCUGCUCCUCCUCAACCAUCCCCUAGAUCUCGUCAAUCUAGUGGUUCCCAUAAUACACAUCAUUCGCGAGCUUCUUCUCUAACGAUCACUCAACAUCAACAACCUCCUCCUUCAACUAUAUCGCAAAAUCAACAAAUCGGUAGGACGUUUAAGUUACUGGGUAAUGCAUCUAGUAGUGCAUACUUAGGACAUGAAGAUUGCAAGCGGUUCUUGAAGUUAACACCGGAACAUUAUAGUAGAGAGGGACUAAGAAGAUUUGAGAAGAGGAUGGAUGAGAUGAAGGAGAUGGCGAGGAGGGUUGUGGCGCCUUUGAUGAGGUGUGGAUUAGAAGGGGAGGGUGUGGCGGUGGGAUAUCUAACGUGUACGAGAGUGGAGGAGAGGGAUUUCGUUUGGUUGUAG